UCGCCUUUGGAAUGUUGGAUGGAACCUUUCUCUGUCCUCCGGGACAUUUCCUAUUUUAGAUAAUGCCUCACAUCUCUCCUCCCCGGGGACCCCCUGAAGUCCCCAUGUCGCCCAAGAAGACAGCUUGAACUUAGAAUGCCCCUCUUUCCUUCCCCAGACCCCUCCCAGGAUGUUGUGGAGGCUGCUGGAGCGACCAUGCACGCUGGCCCUGCUUGUGGGCUCCCAGCUGGCCGUCAUGAUGUACCUGUCUUUGGGGGGCUUCCGAAGCCUCAGUGCCCUAUUUGGCCGAGAUCAAGGGCCCACCUUUGAUUAUUCUCACCCCCAUGAUGUCUACAGUAACCUCAGUCACCUGCCUGGGGCCCCUGUUGGUCCAGGAGGCCCUCAAGCUCCUCAAGGUCUGCCCUACUGUCCAGAACGAUCUCCUCUCUUAGUGGGUCCUGUGUCGGUGUCCUUUAGCCCAGUGCCUUCGCUGGCAGAGAUUGUGGAAAGAAACCCCCGGGUGGAACUGGGGGGCCGGUACCGCCCAGCUGGAUGUGAGCCCCGCUCACGAACAGCCAUCAUUGUUCCUCACCGUGCCCGGGAGCACCACCUGCGCCUGCUGCUCUACCACCUGCACCCCUUUCUGCAGCGCCAGCAGCUUGCUUACGGCAUCUACGUCAUCCACCAGGCUGGAAAUGGAACAUUUAACAGGGCAAAGCUGCUAAAUGUUGGAGUUCGGGAGGCCCUCCGUGAUGAGGAAUGGGACUGCCUGUUUCUGCAUGACGUGGACCUUCUGCCAGAGAAUGACCACAAUCUCUAUGUUUGUGACCCCCGGGGACCCCGACAUGUUGCUGUCGCCAUGAACAAGUUUGGAUACAGCCUGCCAUACCCCCAGUAUUUCGGGGGAGUCUCUGCACUCACUCCUGACCAGUACCUGAAGAUGAAUGGCUUCCCAAAUGAAUACUGGGGCUGGGGUGGUGAAGAUGAUGAUAUUGCUACCAGGGUGCGUCUGGCUGGGAUGAAGAUCUCUCGACCUCCCACAUCUGUGGGGCACUACAAGAUGGUGAAACACCGAGGAGACAAGGGCAAUGAGGAGAAUCCUCACAGAUUUGACCUCCUGGUCCGAACCCAGAAUUCCUGGACACAAGAUGGGAUGAACUCACUGACAUACCGACUGCUGGCUCGAGAACUGGGCCCUCUCUAUACUAACAUCACAGCAGACAUUGGGACUGACCCUCGGGGCCCCCGCGCCCCGUCUGGUCCCCGUUAUCCACCUGGAUCCUCCCAGGCCUUCCGUCAAGAGAUGCUGCAGCGCCGGCCCCCAGCAAGGCCUGGCCCUCUACCUACUGCCAACCACACAGCACCCCAUGGUUCACACUGACUUCUCCUUCCUGCCUACCUUAAUCAUGAAACUGAAUCAGAGGAGUGGUACUCCUCAUCCAAAGCCCCUCACUGUUCUCUGGAGGGAUGUGGGGGGCCUCAACUCUAGUGCUAUGCUGGUGGGCAGGGCUCCUCUUCACUGCUGGACUGGAGCUGGGCUCCUCUAGGCCUGGAGCUCCCCCUUUCUUAGGGUCACCUACCAGGCCUUAUGACUGUGAAUCCUUGAUGUCAUGAUUUUAUGUGACAAAUCCUGAGAGUCCCCUGCCUCUGGGGUAGGAGCAGGGCUGGAUCCCAAGCCCCUUCCUCUUCCAUGGAGAGAAGAGUGAUCUGGCUUCUCCUGGGGCCUCCUGUGAAUAUUUAUUCUAUUUAUGGUUCCUGGGAAGUAUGUUUGGUAAAAGACCUCUCUGGGCAUUUUCUGCCAGUGCUGGAGUAGUUCCCUCUCCUGAACCUGGCUCAGGGGGCUGGAAUUUUGAUAUAUUUUCUAAUAAAGGACUUUGUCUCGC